UAAGAAGAAACUGUAAUGUGAAGUUGAAACCCAAAAAAAGAAAAAAAAGCUAAAUAAAGAAAAGACAACAAACUCCAAAAACAUGGAAAAAGUUUUCUCCGGCGAAGACAUCUCCGGUAACAUUAACUGGUCGGCGGUAGAUGGAACUACGACGACGGCGAUGAAUCGCAGUGCCUCUGAAUGGGCAUUCCAUCGUUUCAUUCAAGAAACCUCCGCCGCCGCCGCAGACGACGACGCUAAUGCCGGAGACUCCACGACCACGACGGUUUGUGGUGUUUCAGUCUCUUCUCCUCCGAAUGUUCCGGUAGAUUCAGAGGAAUACAGAGCUUUUCUGAAAAGUAAACUCAAUCUUGCUUGUGCUGCUGUCGCCAUGAAAAGGGGAUCUUUCAUCAAACCUCAGGAUACUUCUGGUAGAUCUGACAAUGGAGGAGUAUAUACAACUAAUACAUCAGAACAAGGCUCUCUAGCUUCUUCCAAAGCUUCACCAAUGAUGAGCAGUGCUAUAACAAGUGGGUCUGAGCUCUCUGGUGAUGAAGAAGAAGCUGAUGGUGAAACUAAUAUGAACCCAACUAAUGUCAAACGCGUUAAAAGGAUGCUUUCUAAUAGAGAAUCAGCUAGAAGGUCUAGAAGAAGAAAGCAAGCACACUUGAGUGAGCUAGAGACACAAGUUUCACAGCUGCGUGUAGAGAAUUCAAAGCUCAUGAAAGGUCUCACUGAUGUAACUCAAACAUUCAAUGACGCAGCUGUAGAAAACAGAGUUUUGAAAGCCAAUAUCGAGACCUUACGAGCAAAGGUGAAAAUGGCUGAGGAGACAGUGAAGAGACUCACAGGUUUCAACCCAAUGUUCCACACUAUUCCUCAAAUUGGUACAACUGUUUCUCUUCCUACAGAGACAUCAAAUUCUCUAGACACAACAAGCAGCCAUGUGACCACACCAGAGCCAGUCAGCUCUGGCAACAAAAGCAAGGGCUUGAUUGGUUGCAAGAUGAACAGAACAGCUUCGAUGCGUAGAGUUGAGAGCUUGGAACAUCUGCAGAAACGUAUUCGAAGCGUUGGUGAUCAGUAGCUAGCUGCUAAGAAGAAUCUUGAUUUGUAACAUUAUCAAGAGAGACGUUGAGACAAAAUGUCAUGUUGUAUGUUUUGUAAAGAAUUGUUUUUCAGAUUAUUUAACUUUCAUGUUUUAACCAAUUUCUUCUUUGAUUGUUUGUGUUGAAACUUCUAAUUUUCAUUCAUAUCCAACGCUUGCAAGUGGUUUACUUUGUA